AUGCUGUCCAGCCUCACCUCGCGCGCAGGUCGCGCCAUGAACUCGACCAUUCAGGUCGACUGGUCUCUCUACGGCGGUGCUGAGACCACGUCCCCGCCUUCUUCUUCCAGCAACAAGCCGGAUCGCACUCGUCCAGCUCUGCGCUCGGAUCUCUCCUCGGCCUCCUCGUCGUCCCGCAACUCGCGCUCCUCCUCGCCCAACUUCAGUCAUCAGAGUGAUUCAUCCACCUCGUUCACCUCGGACGACGACGACGGCGAUGCGCGGCAAACCAAGAAGGCGACAUCUUCAGACCAGGACGAGCUGGACGACGCGCCUCUGUCCCAAGUCUCUAGGAGCGCACCUCUCACCGACGCCGUGCGAAGCGCCACUGCGGUGGACGGCAAAGCGUGGCUACCCACCAUCGUACCCGUCGACACCCAAUCCCAGGACUUCCUGUGGAUGCACACCGAGGAGCCUCACCGUUCGCGGCGCAUGGCGAUCCUCAAAGCGCACCCCGAAGUCAAACGGCUCAUGGGCUACGAGCCUCUCACCAAGUACGUCUCCCUCGCUGUUCUCGUCCUGCAACUCUCGCUCGCCGUCUACCUGUCCAAGUACACCUCGCUCCACCCGUUCUCGUGGCAAUUCCUGCUGCUCGCGUACGCCAUCGGUGGGACUGCCAACCAAAACACCUUCCUAGCGAUCCACGAGAUCACGCACAACCUCGCCUUCCGCGGACUUCGGGCGAAUCGAGCUUGGGCCAUCCUCGUCAAUGCCGCUAUCGGCGUGCCGUACGCUAUGGCGUUCAAGCCGUAUCAUCUCGAACAUCACAAGUACCUGGGCGAGGAUGGGACGGAUACGGACUUGCCGACCAAGUUCGAGUCCGUAGUGCUGCGAAACGUGUUGGGCAAAGCGUUCUUUGCGACGUUUCAGAUCUUCUUCUAUGCGCUUCGACCGGGGUUCGUUCGUGCGCAACGACCGACGAUCUGGCACGCUCUCAACAUCGCCUUUAUCGCCCUGUCCAAUUUCCUCCUUGUCAAGUUCGCCGGAUGGACCGCACUGGUGUACCUCCUCGAGUCCUCGUUCUUUGCGGGAAGUCUCCAUCCGUGCGCAGCACACUUUAUUGCGGAACACUACAUGUUCGCGGGGAUUCAGCAAGAAACGUGGUCCUACUACGGCCCGUUGAACGUCCUAGCGUACAACGUGGGGUAUCAUAACGAACAUCAUGAUUUCCCGAGCGUUCCUUGGACCAGGUUGCCCGAACUCAGGAGGAUCGCGCCCGAGUUUUACGAUGUUCUGCCCAGACACACGAGUUGGCCCAUGGUGACGGUCAGGUUUGUGCUGGGUGGUGAUAGCGGGCUGUGGGCGCGGGUUAAGAGGGUGAAUCGCGAUGCGAAGCGGGCUGAGGCCAAGGGGAAGUAG